AUAACAAUAUCCUGUUGUCAGUGAUAUAAGUAUUUGAAAUGAAAAUGAUUUCUUAAUGUCUAUUGACAUAUUAGAGCCAUUUUAUGAUUGGUUGAUUUAUUCUUACACACUGUUCCUUUAAAUAAGUACAGUAUUUGAAAAUCUGGCAACUAGUAGCAAUAAAUAAUAAAAAAAACAUUUUGAUCCUGUCAUUUACAGUGUGAAUAAAAUAUGUGGUCUUAAACUGACUUAUAUCUGUUUGUGACAUUGUCUUCACAUCUUUAUACUUUUCUUUCCUUUAUUUUUUUUUACUUCUAGAAGAGCAUUUACUGUAAGUGCAUAGCAAAAAGUUAAACCUCCGCCUUUCUUGUGACAUCACUUCAAAGGAUUCUCCACUGUUGUAUAAGCUAGUCACAUACUUUUAACCACAAUUUGUAUCCUUAAAGACAGGGAGUCCAACAGGUUCAGAUAAAGUGUUUCAUUAGUCACCACAACUGUAUCAUGGCAGAUUCAGAAUAUGUCUUUUACAUAGACGGGCCCAAGCAGGAAGUGUGUGCAGGAUAUCUUUACAAAUCUCCUCCUGAGAAUCAGUUCAAGACUCUGAAAUCAUGGAAGCGAAGGUACUUUGUACUUUCGAGGUGCAGUGACCACACAUGCCAGCUAAAGUACUACAAAAGUCCAGAGGACAGCAAACCACUCGGGUGCAUAGACCUGUCUAGGGUCACAUUUAUGUUCUUGCACCCUGAGAUGCAAGCAAUGUGGACAUGGAUUCAAAAAAAUUUUAGAUGUUCGUCGUCUUGUGUAAUGUUUAUGAAAGUGCCAGAAAGAGACUAUUUCCUUAUCGGGGAGAACAGUUAUGAGAUGGAAAAAUGGUUUACUGCUUUAUUUGACGCCUUAAAUAAUCGUCCACACAGACUACUUAAUCCCAAGGUAUUUGGCACUUUUAAAAACAUCAGUGAACUUCCACAGUCGACAAGUGAAAAUAACCAGGAAACUGAUCUGGAAUACAUAAAAUAUAAUACACAUGAGCUGCCAAUGCCUUCAUCUGUGAUCCACGAGCCGGUCUAUGUCAGUCCUGUAGAUUACCAAAGCAAUCAGGUUUGUGACAGCAUUCAAAUGUUCAGCAGAAAUAAAUCAUCACCAACAGCACCAAAGGUGCAGGUGUUGUAUGCUGGAUACCUGUACAAGUCCCCAAACCUUUCUAAGCCUGCAAAACUCAUGAAAUCAUGGAGGCAUCGCUUCUUUGUACUUUCCAAGGCGGGUGAGGACAACUAUCAGCUGGCAUACUAUAAAAAUAUAGAAAAAAGGGAGAAGCCUUUGGGAGUAAUAGACCUUUCUAUGGUCAGCUUGAUUUGUACGGCUCCUGAGAAACAUCAGAUGUGGGAAUGGAUUCGCAGAAACUUUAAGUGCCUGCCGUCCUCUGUACUGUUUCUGAGAGUGGAGGACUUCAUGCUUAAAUACGCAAGAGAUUAUUUCCUCAUCGGAGAAAACAGUGAAGACGUGAAUUGCUGGCAUAAUAAGUUACAGAAAGUUAUAAAGACUCAACCAUCACAGAAUAAAGAAACAGACUAUGACCUUCAACUGGACAGAUUAAGAGCAGAAUCUGAACCUACACCUAAGUCUCCACAUUGUAUUGAAAAGCCAAGUCUAACUUCCAUGUUCAGGCAGUCUGCACCUUCAGGUACACUCUACUAUCACCAAGGGCCUACUAAAACUGUUUACUUUACUGAUGAUGAUGAUGAUGAUACAGAGGAACAGCCUGAAAUUCCAGAUGACAACAGUGAAUACAUGGAUAUGACAUUAGCAAGUGCGGUGAUGCGACAGAACCAACGGGAGGAGGAUGCAUGCUUUCAGAAAAAUACGUCCACCAACGGCCUUGAUUCUUCCCAUGACUUGUGUGAUGGUGCAGACAAUCCAAUGAAACGAAACAGUGCAGAGCUGAGAUGCUUUAAGGGGUCUCUUCCAGACUUUAAUGGAAAUUGUGCUUAUACUGAGAUGAAUAAGGGAUUUCCAAACAAUAGUGAAACACACAAACCUGUUAAGAAGGAGAUCUGCAUUAACCGAAAUGAUCUUUGUAAAGGUUUGAUCUUCACACAAAAAGAAGGAAAACCAUGUGUGUCUGAGUGUAAGACUGAGACCCCGCAUUUGUUUCAUAAGGGGGAUCAGAUCCUGGCCCUCAAUGACCUGCAAAUAGAGACAGUAGAUGAGAUACAGACAUACAUAAAAAGGCUUACAAAAGAUGAGGUAAAACUGACUAUUCUACGACAUUCGGGAUCCCAGCCUUUUUAUGCUGAACUUUUGAGGAGAUGAAACAAAAUGAGACACUUCAAGUCGUUAAUUCAUUAGAAAUGUGAAAGGUUCAGCAACACAAUGAGUAGUUUGUUCUUGUAGCGAUUUCUUUAAAAAACUACACGUAAUUUAUUUAAUCAGGAAGGCAUACUGUAAGAAUGGGCAAGGUUAUGUGCAAGCACCAAGUUCUUUUGUUGUGCAGAAGAUGUUCAAAACAUGCAUCCCAGCUGUCACUAGGGCAGUACCCCAGUAAAGGUCCUAAUAUGUACCUUUUAGGUCGGUAUAUGUAUACAUUUGGUACCAGUAUGCACCUCUGAGGUACUAAUAUGAACACUUCAGGUGAAAGUGUACAGCCCCAGCUUACAUGUUUUGAAUGAUUAUUUUUUGACAGUGCACAGUAAUUAGUAACACGAGACUGUAUAUACUGUACAGUAUGAAGAUAAGAGUAUAUAAGACUGGUGAUGGGUAUAUAAUGU